AUGAGCGCUUCGUCUUCAUCAGCCUCUUCCGUUUCGUCGUUUACGGCGUUGGAUGUGCCUCACAUCCACGAGGACUCCCCGUUGUCAAUGCUGGAGCAGUCUGAAUUUUUUUCUAACGAGGAGCUCAGGAGCAUCACUGCAGCCCUUUCCAGGAAUCAAGAGGAUGUCUCCAUGGGGGCUGUUCAGGUUCUCAAUCAAAUGAUGGAGAAAAACCGAAAGACACGGGCAAUUCUUGCCCGUCAGGAUCCCCCAAUAAUCCUACAAAGGCUUGCCCAGCUAAUGUGCAAACAUCCGAUUUCCCCGCAGCUCCUGUACGAAAUUCUACUCUGCUUUUGGUUGCUAACUUUCCAGCCAUCUACGGCAGCAAUGUUCAGGGACUGGGGGAUCAUUCCACUGAUCAAAGACAAUUGCUCUACAUCUUCGACUGAGAAGAUUAUCAGAAUGGGUCUUGCCAUCUUUAGAAAUCUUCUUCGCUUCGCCAGGGAAGAAACGUCUUCCCUUUUGAUUGGGUGCAAGGUCCUUGAAUGGACCAGGCAUCUUAUUUUGCUGAAAAGAUUUUCAGACGAGGAGAUGCUAGCGGAUAUCCAAUUUUUGCAGACCGAGCUUUCUUCAAUUUACCAGAAUCUAAGGUUCUUGUUGUGCUUUUAUUUUAGCUCCUUUGAUCAAUAUGCAACGGAAAUAAAAAGUGGCAUGCUGUCUUGGACACCUCCUCACCGAUCCGAUGCCUUUUGGAAGAUGCAUGUAAAUCAUUUUUUGGACAACGAAAAAGACCUUUUAAGGCGCCUGAUAUUGCACCUGGGAGACCCUUCAAUGCUGGUCAAAGCAGUUGCCGUGCACGACGUCGGCCAAUUUGUAAAGUACCAUAGCGAAGGCAAAAGGAUUCUGGAGGAAUGCGGUGGAAAAGUUCCUAUGAUGUCGCUUUUGGAGUGCCCAGACUCGAAUGUCAAGUUUGAGGCCCUUACGGCCGUCCAAAAGUAUAUGUUUCACAUGUCAAAAUAA